CAAAUUCCAGCAGGCGCCUCCUCCUCGUCUUCCUCGUGGAGCUGACAGUUCACAGAAACAAGCUGCAGCCCUUCUUCGUCAGCAUCAUCACACCUUGGUGCGCUCCUUGUCAGUCAUGGAGGUGAGUGAGGUUAAAGUGAGCUGUGACCGCCCCGGCAGGACCAGGGGCCUCUUCACAAGCGUCAAGUUCUUCGUCUUGUGUCACAGUUUGUUGCAGCUGGCGCAGCUCCUGGUGUCGGGGUACAUGAAGAGCUCCAUCUCCACCAUCGAGCGGCGCUUUGGCCUCUCAAGCCAGAAGUCGGGGCUCCUGGCGGCCUUCAACGAGGUGGGGAACACGCUCCUCAUCGUCUUUGUCAGCUUCCUGGGGAGUCGGCUUCAUCGGCCACGGGUUAUCGGCUGCGGCGCUCUGCUAGCGUGCCUGGCCUCGCUGCUGAUGGCGCUACCGCACUUCCUUAGCAGGCGCUAUGAAUAUAGUGAGAUCAUAUCUGCCAGGAACGUGUCCGGCCUCUGCCAGAUGGAGAGUCCUCUCACUACGCCGACGACCAGUCAGAGCUGCGACAGUCAGGAAAGCCCCAGCGACAACCGCAUUUACCCUCUGCUGCUGCUGGCUCAGCUGCUGCUGGGGAUCGCUGCCGUGCCCAUCCAACCUUUUGGGAUCUCCUACAUCGACGACCACGCCAGCAAGAAGAACUCGCCGCUCUACCUCGGCAUCCUCUUGGCUGUCACGUCUAUCGGCCCGGCCUUGGGCUUCCUCAGUGGCGCCUUCCUUCUGCGCUUCUAUGUCGACUUUGACACCAUGUCUGAAGACCAGAUCCAGUUGGACCGCAGUGACCUACGCUGGGUGGGCGCCUGGUGGCUCGGCUUCCUAGUGGCGUCCUGCCUCCUUUUCCUCACAGCGCUGCCCUACUUCUUCUUCCCCCGACACAUGCCCCCCGAGGACGAGUCAGAAGCAGACACCAAGCGUCCGAGCGACCUUUUCCAGGAAGUCAGCCUUCUUCACUUCCUUAAAAGUUUUCCCAGCAUCGCCAUGCGCACGCUGCUGACUCCCGUCUACCUGCUGGUGGUCCUGGCUCAGGUUAACAUGGCGGCCGUAUUGGCUGGCCUCAUCACCUUCAUGGCCAAGUUCAUUGAGAGGCAGUUCAACCAGACCGUGGUCUUCUCCGCGACGCUGAUCGGCGGAGUUUGCAUCCCGCUGGCCGUGCUGGGAACCGUCAUGGGCGGAGUCCUGAUGCGGCGAUGGUCUCUUCGUGUCAGCGGCGCCAGCAAGCUCUGCGCCAUCGUCAUCGUCCUCUGCAUUGGCCCCGCCCUUCCUCUGCUCUUCAUUGGCUGCCCCACCCAGCAGGUUUCUGGCGUCUUCCCGCCACGGAGUGGCGCGCUGUCGUGCAGUGCAUCAUGUCAGUGUGUUCAGGACAUGUUUCAUCCAGUGUGCGGCUCAGACGGAGUAGAGUUCACGUCUCCCUGUCAUGCCGGCUGUGUUGCCAUGGAAACAGACAGCAGCAGCAAAGUCCUUAACUUCACAGAGUGUCACUGCGUGGGCGGGGUCGGCGGCUCAGCCACACCCAGAAGCUGUGGCAGUGGGUGUGGGCGCCUCCUCCUCCCAUUUGUGGUUCUGCUCGGCAUCACCGGUCUCAUGGUGUCCCUGUCCCAUACACCAUCUUUUGUCAUCAUCCUCAGGACGGUGCCAGCCCAGGACAAAUCCUUCGCCGUGGGGGUCCAAUACAUGCUCUUCAGAAUCCUCGGUGAGCCUUUAUGCCCGGCCCAGUUCUGUACGGCACCAUCAUCGACUCCACAUGCAUCCUGUGGGACAGGAAGUGUGGUAAACAGACUUCCUGUCUCUACUACGACUUGGAGCGCUUUAGACACAGGUUUUUGGGUCUUCAGGUGGUGUUCAUGUUUGGGGGUCUGGUCUGCUUCCUCUUGACUGCUGUGGUCCUGCACAGGAGGGCGAGGCCUCAGGGUCCUGAGGUCGCAGACGGAGGCGUCUACGAGCUGGUGGACGGGCGCAAACCAGAAGUCAACAAAGCCCAGACCUGAGGGCAGUACAGUGCGCAACUCCUGCCAUACUGUUCUUUUUGUCCACGUCUUCUUCCUUUUAUGGCAUGCAUUUCCCUUGACGUCCACCAGGGGCUGCUAAAACACUCGCGACACUUGGACGUGUUAGUUCUAUUUGCCACCAACUUUAGCUAAAGCAGCUCAGAUGCUUGGCCGCCAUCUUGUCCUCAACUUAUUCAUUUUCUUGACAUCGUUUCAAAAAAGUACAUUUUGUGCCUUUCUUCCUUCACCAACCUGGAGUGCAAAUGGUCUGUUUUAUGUAGUUCAUUUUCUUGAGAUUGUUUCAAAAAAGUACAUUUUGUGCCUUUAUUCUUCCUACACCAACCUGGAGAGCAAAUGUUCAAUGUAGUUUUAAAAAAUAGACCACUCAUUUUGCUACGUCUUUGCUUCAGGAAUGUGACAGCCAAAUCAAAACCACAUGUUUUCCUUCUCCCUGCUGCUGCUUCGUGCACAUCGGGGAGGAGCAGACGAAUGGAAAGUGCGUAACAUGAUGUGUUUCACAUGCAGUGAGUUCAUUGUUGUGCUCGAAAGUGUUACAAUGUGUGUUCUAUCUUGUUGUCAAAACCUUUUUGUAUUUGUCCUGUUUUUCCACAAAAUCAUUUUAAACCUGUUUUGCCUUCCUCACUUUGCCCUGAUAGUGGCGCUAGAGUCACAGUUGUUUCACUGUCUUUAUUUCUUUGGAACACAAAUGUCACACAAAUGUAACACAAGUGUAACACGAAUAAAAUGUUUGUGAUAAAAAAA